AUGGCCUUGGAGAAGAUUCCGGCCAACGCCUGCCAUAGGCAUAUCACCAUCGUCACCAGGAAGCACGAGGCUGCCGGCGCCGAAAUCUACACCCUGGCGGUGCUCAACUUCAAGGCCUACAAGCAGUCUAAGGCGCUUUCGUUCCGGCCCUUCCUCCAGCUCACGGCGCGUAAGUAUGGGGAUGCCUCGGCCGCGGCGUACGACAUCUUUGGCGGUAGCUUGCCCGACGACCUGAGCCACACAGCAAAGCUGGGCCUGCUGCCCGGGCCGAACCUGGAUAACCUCAACAUGCACAACAUGCGGAUGGGCCAGCGGGUCUUGGUUGACAUUGACGACUUUCUCAAGUCCGGGGAAGUCUAUCUUCUCCAGUGGGCGCGGCACACUAUCGUCCAAGCAACCAGCUGCGCCGUCUACGGGGAGCAGCACCCGUUUGUCGACCCGGAUGUUGAGAGCGCAUACUGGUAA